GACUGAUAUGGAGGAGGAGGAGGAUGAGGAGGAGGAGGAGGAGGAGGAGGAGGAGGAGGAGGGAGGAGGAGGAGGAGGGAGGAGGAGGAGGAGGAGGAGGAGGAGGAGGAGGAGGAGGAGGAGGAGGAGGAGGAGGAGGAGGAGGAGGAGGAGGAGGAGGAGGAGGAGGAGGAGGAGGAGGAGGAGGAGGAGGAGGAGGAGGAGAGCGACGAGGCUAGAGGAGGUUGCUCUGCUCGAGGGAAUCGCAGGGUGUGGGGGUUGGGGGGUAAGAUGGAGGGGGGAGGAAGAAUGGUAGAGAUAGAUGGCAAGGGCAGUGAAG